AUGUCUACUUCUGGCAACCUCACGCUCUCUACGUCCGCUCAGAUCUGCGGUAUCUACAACGGUACCGACAUCCUUUCCUGGCGUACCCGCAUGGAAAACCAUAUCCGGGCCUCAGGGGCCGGAUGGGCUCUGCGCAACACCCGCGCGGAGAUGAAGACGUUGACUUCGGACUUCAAGGAGGUCAACCAAUGGGAGACGCACAACGACACGGCGGUCGGCAAAAUUCUCGAGGCGCUCAGCCACGAUCAACGCGAGAUUGUUAAGGGCUUGGACGAGGCGCGUGCGAUCCUCGACAAGCUCGCCGGCAGCGCGCAAGCGCGCGGUAUCAGUACCGCGAUCAACGAGCUCAAGGUAGCCCUCAACACCCAGAUCCCUGCCGACACCGACCCCAACCCGGCGAUGGCCAAGAUCGUCGCCUCCCUUGACCGAUACACCUCCCUUGGCGGGAAGGUGCCUGGCGAGUUCGCCGGUGCCAUCCUGUUCUCGAAGAUCCCCAGCGGCUACGAAGCCGCCAAGCACGCCAUCAACGCCACUCAGUACAAGAGUACGGCGGCGCAAGUCACCGCCGGCGCUGGGGCCACAGUCCCCAUUUCUCUUGCUACUCUGAUGAAGGAGCUCGUCAUGACGCACAUCCGCAGCGACUGGGAGUUACGCUCCGCAUCGCAGAAGAAGAAGAAGGCGCCUCAGGUGAAGGAGGAGCAGGCCAACAAGGCCAGCUCCGGUACGAAGCAGUACAACGGCCAGUCGUCAUCCGACGGCAAAAAGAAGCGUCCUUCCAAGAAGGAGCGCAAGGAGCACCAGGCGCAGCAGCAACAGCAGCAGCAACAGAAGCCGGCGGCCGCUAACGCGGCUUCAUCGUCGGCUCCUGCCAAUGCGACGUCAUCUCCGGCGCCGCAGAGUGCCGCACCCGCCGCUGCCAAUUACUCGGCAACAUUUAACACGCCGGCUCCCGUCUACCACGUCGCGCACGUCGCUUCCGGGCCGUCUGGCCCCUCAUACUCUCCUCCGGUUUUCUCCGAACCAACCCCCGAUCCGCGCAAGCGGUCCCACCAACCUGCGACGGCCUAUCAAGGCCGCAGCAGCGCUCCGGCGCCUCCUCAUGGAACCGCAGGCGCACUCAAGCGUCAGCGGGACCAGGGCAUUGCGCCCACGUUCGAGGGAACGCGCGCCGAGUUGCCUGCGUUCGCAGGGGAGACGCCGCUUAUUCAGCGGCUCUCCAUGGGCCCCUCAGCGUCCCCGCCUCUGUCGGCUCGCAUCGAGCCGGUAGAGGAGCCUUCUCGUAAGCCGUCGGUUACCCCUCCGCGCGCUUCCGACUCUGACCAAUACGUGUCUGGGUUAGGUCCCCCCAAGCGCACCAAGUUCUCUGACUACAAGAAGCGUCAGAAGCUUGGUGACCGCCUUGCUGGCGGUGGUUCUUAUGUCGACGACUCUGCGACCGGCCACAAGGGCUGGCUCAAUGCAGAGGCGUACGCGGAGUACCAGCAACAGAAGGAGGACCUUCGCCGCUCCAUGGCGCCCACUCCGGUUCAGGUCGCCGAGUACGGCUAUGAGGACGACAUCGAGGAGUUCGAGGGUAUGUCGCUCAAGGAGCCGUCCGAACAGGGCGGAGAACGGGCGGUGUCACUCGAUUGCGAGUCGGUAAACCAUAUGUAG